AUGGCUGCCCCCGCCGAUGUCACAAUCAAGAACUUGAGCGGUCAAUGGGUCAUGGACGCAACCCUGUCCAACCCCACCGACCCCAUCCUAGCUCUGCAAGGCAUGAGCUGGUUCCUCCGCAAGGCCCUUCCUUAUGCCACGGUCACUCUGCACGUGCACGAAUAUCCCGACUCUGCCAACCCCAAGGUGUACCACAUCGACGUGGACCAGGUGAUCACCGGCGGAAUCUCUGGCAGCAAGGAGGCGCGCACAUUGGACUGGACUUCCCGUGAGCACGUCGAUAACAUCUUUGGCACGCUCUCCGGCAAGUCGCGCCACUUCCGCGGUGCCAAAGGCGAGGACGGCAAGAUUCGCCCGGCCGUCGAGGUUCAGACUAGCGUUGGCAAGCCCGAGGAUGAUGCCAAGGUGCAGAAGUUCCUGCGCGGCGAGAUUCUGUCCGAUGGAUCCGCCAGCGAUGGCUUCCUCGUCGAUGAGGAGGGCGAGGAGUUCGGUGAGGGCGAGGGUCUGUACAUGCAGAGCUUCGUGCAGAACAAUGAGAAUGGCUGGACUGCUGAGCAGAUCUGGGGCUUUGAGCUCGUCGAUGGUGAACGUCGCCACACUCGCCGUGUCGCGGUCACCAAGGCUGGCAAAGUUGAACUUGCUCGCCUGGUUUACACCUUCGAAGCGCGGCGCGCCGAGUAA